AUGGACAUCGAGAACGCCAAGAAGCACCUGAGCGACCUGCAGAAGGAGCGGAGGAAGAAGAAAAUCGCCCUGCCGCGCGUUUUCAAGGGGAAGGCGCUCAUCAGGGAGGAGCAUGAGCAGCGGCACGAGAAGCGGCAUGAGCAGAGGCAGGCGGAGCAGAAAUCCCUGGGGGGAGAGUGCCCAAGGGGAGACGCGCUGGAGAAACACUUCCCCUACAUAUUUAAGAAGCCCGUGAUUUACCUAUGCGCCGAGAAGGGAGAGGCUGGCAAACCGGUUGGCAAACCGGUUGGCAAACCGGUUGGAGGGGUGGCUGACGCAUUGGCUAACAGGGGGGAUGACGCGCUGCCCACCGCGCUGCCGAACGGCAUUAACAUAAAAGAAUCCCUCGACGAGGCCGACUCGGCCAAACUGCUGGACGGGAACUGCGCAGGGAACUCCGCAACCCAGGAGCUGCUGGAGAUGAACGCAGAGGAUGGCGACACGUUAAACCUGGGGGUGCUUUUCACCGGCCUGCCGGCACCAGGAGGGCACAACGUCAUAUGUGGGGUGCUGGACAGUCUGAAGAAGAAAAAUAGAAAGAACACCCUCUUUGGAUUCCUCAACGGAUUUGAAGGCGUGAAAAGCUACUCUUUCAUGGAGCUUAAAAAUGAAUACAUUAGUAUGUUUCGAAACAGUGGGGGGUUUGACAUGCUGAGGAGUAGCUCGUUCGAUUCUUUAAGUGAGAGUGGAAAGAGGAAGUGCUUUAAGAUUUGCAGGCAGCUGAACUUGGCGGGGCUGAUCAUCGUCGGGGGGGUAGACAGCCAGAGGCAGGUCGCCUCUCUAGCGGAGUACUUCGAGCAGGUGCACGUCCUGGCGGGGUUAGCGGCGGAGGGGGAAGUAGCCACUGCACCGCUUGACGGGGGAGUAGCUCAUGAACCGCUUGACGGGGGAGUAACUCAUGCACCGCGUGACGGGGACGACCCCACGUACCAAAUCGUGAGCGACCUGAGCGACGAAGAAAUUAAGGCCAAGUACCCCAGAAGGGGAAAGAAACGAAGCAAGCGAAAAACCUGUGUGGUAUGCGCGCCCAAAAGUGUAUGCAACGAGAUGGACAGCGACCUAGUGGAGUGCUCACUGGGCUUCGAUACCACCGUCUUUACCUGCUGCCAAUAUAUAAGCUUCUUAACAUCCCAUGUGAGAACAUACCAGAGUGGGUACCAUUUCGUUCGGGUGAUUGGCAACUCCUCAAGUCAUGUGGCGCUCGAGUGCUUCCUACAGACUAAGGCAAACAUAGUUUUAAUUAGCGAAGAAAUUAAAAAGAAGAAAAAAAAGCUAAAGGAUGUAAUCGACUUCAUUGUUCACGUGGUGCAGAGGAGAUACCACCUGCUCGGCAGAAGCUACGGCAUUGUCAUCGUACCUGAGGGGCUCUUAGGCAAAAUUGAGGAAUUUAAAAAAAUGGUUAGGGGUCUCCUCUUGGCCAGGAAGAGGGCACUUCAAGACGGGCAACAUGCCGAGGAUGGGGCAGGAAGGAUAGUCGCCCAGUUUUACGAGGAGAGUGCGGAGAGUGCGGAGAGCGCGGAGCUGUUUCGCUCCCUCCCCGCCUUCUUCCAGAAGCAUCUCCUGGAGGAGGUCCAGUCGGAAAGGUUCCAGUACGCCCGCCUGAAGACGGAAGAGCUGCUCCUAUCCUGCGUUAAGGAAAAAAUCGAGCAGACGAAAAUGAAGGGCAUCCACUUCGCCUCACAUGCAUACACGAAGGAGGUCACCUGUUCCCUGCCCUCCAACUUUGACUGUGCGUAUAGCUACCUCCUAGGCAUGGGGUGCGUCGAGAUAGCCCAGAGCAGCUACAAUGGGUAUUUAUGCACCAUCAGGCAGCUCAAAAAUUUGAUCCCCAGCGUGGAGAAGGUGCAAGUGGUGGGGGUGCCCCUCUGCAGGUUGUUGCGGGUGAAGGGGGAACCUCAGGAGGGGAGAAACUUGACGGAGGAACAUGAAGAGGGACACAACUUGAUGGUGGCACCUGAGGGGAGCAGCCACAUUGGUUCUGCAGCCAACCCGAGCGAAGAUUUGGACCGCCUCGAAAAAAGCGUGUCUGCUAAGAGAGCAAAGGUGAAGCUAAACGGUGGGUACUUUCUCACCUAUAAAAAGCACCGCGCUGCGUUGCUGUAUGCAGACGCGUACCGGACCCACGGGGGGAUUCAGUUCGAGCGGAGCGUGGCGGACGAUGGCGAGGAGCACUCGGCGGACUCCCCCAGUAAGCUGAAGAAGCUUUUUUCCAGCACGUUUUCCACGUGGGAUUCCAAGUGGGGGGAGCUGUUCAACCGGGUGAACUUCACCGUGUCGGGGCUGAGCGGGGGCCUCAUGAGGCACAACAGCCAAGUGGUCUACGUGGACAGCCACUUCGCCUCAAAGCUAAGCUACACCCCCUUUGAGCACAUCCAGAAGAUUACAGAUUUCUAUGUGGUGAAAGCCCCCCAAGUGAAUGUUAAAGGGAGAGUCAGAUGCAGUGAGUCCUUCAUUUCGGAAGAAAGAAACGUAGGAGUUGUCCUCCUCUCGCACAGUGUCCCGGGGGUUAAUAACAUUCUAGCAGGUCUACACGAGAGACUCUCCAUGAAUAACAUAAAAUUGAUAGCUUUUGUGAGGGGCAUAAGAGGACUACUCACAAAUGAAACGUAUGUAGUUAAGGAUAGCCAUUUGGGAAGCUGGAAAAAUUUAGGGGGAGCUCCCCUGUUGGGGGUGCAAUUGGAGUGGAGGAAGGACGAUGGGGAAGUGGUGCGUUUGAACAACCUGGUUGAAGAGAAAUACAUAAAAGAGAUAAUCAUCACUUGUAAAAAAAACAAAAUGACUCACUUAGUUUUUAUAGGAGAUGAAAAGGUAAUUACCAUUAUGAAUAUCCUAAAUGAUCAUUUUAUGAAGAACAGAACAAAUCUACAGAUUACAACUGUGCCUGUUUCUCUUUACAACAGUUUUUAUGCAAAUUUGAUUGAGUGCAGUAUAGGGUACCAUUCUAUGGUUUACACGAUGAGUGACCUUAUUGGGAACUUGCAAAGCUGUGCUGUGAAUGCAGGUAGCUACUACUGUUUUGUGAAAGUCCCCACGAAUUUAUCCUCCUUAUCUGUGCUGUCAAUUCAGUUGGAAACGCAUUGCAAUGUGUGCCUAGUGGGGGAAUGUGUAGAAUACCAAAUGAUGAGUCUUCAGGACCUGGUGGAGCAGACGUGCUCUAUUAUCAUCGAGAGAAUCAACAGGGGGAAGUUUUACGGCACCAUUUUGUUCAGCUCGAAUUUGCUGCUCAACGUCAGCGACUUCUCCCGCCUGGUGGCCGACGUGGAGGAGCACGUCCGGGGGGGCGACGCGCUGGACCGGCUCAUCGACGGGCCGGACCUCCCGGACCUCCCGGAGGGGCUGAGCCAGGAGAGCGCGGAGCUGCUGCGCAUCUGCACCAAGUCCGUGAGGGAGAAGCUACUCCGCAAGGAGAACCGGCACGACGACCAAGUGGACUGUAACUUUGAAGAUGUCUUUGUAGAGCAAAUCAAAAGGCACAUAGGAAAACUAACGGAGCAGGCGAAGCAGGCCAACGAGCCCUAUUCAUUCGAUGCCCACAUGUCAUAUCUUCGCGCAAACGGCAUGCCAAAGAAUGUGAAACUCUAUAGCGACCUAAACUACAUGCAGCACUUCAACUGCGUUGUUAGAAAUAUAGACCGAGAAAUCAACUGCUGCAUCCCAACUCACUUAGAUAAUUCGUUGGCAUUUUCACACGGACUGCUCGCUGGGAUUGCCAUAGAAAAUGACUUGGCCAACUACGUCACCUCCAUCAGGCACCUCCAUUUGAAUAAGAAAAACUGGAGCAGCUCUCUCUACCCCGGAUCCUAUUUCGUCAACCGAGAUGACGCCGGGGGGGUGGCCGGGUACCCCUACGCCGCGCCCGUGCCCGUGUCGGUCAAGUCGAGCCAAAUGGCCACCAUCAAGCAUAACGCGGAGACGUGGGCGUACAACGACUGCUACAUCUUCGUCGGCCCGUACCAACACGAAGUGAACGCAGACAGCCCCGGAUGCUCCGCACACAUGUUUUGA